GAAGAAGAACAGAGAGAGAACUGGAUUGUGGCGCUUGUGAUGGAUCUUGGUGCCAAGCUGUAGGAGAAUCUAUACGUAAAACACUUGACAAAAGGGAUAUAAGUGCUAAUUUUUUAAAGAAAGGAUAACUCAAACCAGGGGAUACAGCAACAUCAGGGAAGAUGAGGUCCAAAGGCAAUGGGGUGGAAAGCCAAAACAACGGGGUCCUUGGUGUUCCACCAGGUGACCAUGACAUCAAUGAAGAAAAGGACGUGGGUCUGCCUGUGAAGACCCUGAAGGUCAAAGUUCAGCAGAAGGAAGGUGAGGAGGAGGUUGAAGUGAUCUCUGAUAAAGAGAAGCUGCUGUUGGAUUCCACAGAGACUGGAGACAAAACAGGAAUCAUCACAGAUCUGUCCAAGCAGGAUCUGCUGAAACUGCUGGGAAUCAUGGAGGGUGAAGUUCAGGCCAGGGAAGAUGUAAUCUGCAUGCUAAAAUCCCAACAAACAAGUCCAGAAAGCCUGGAGUCACAGUACGGAUGUGCCGUACCUGCCUCAGCCCUCACAGCACUACAGAGGGACAGCUUCAUCACCGGCGCAAAGCCGGAUAAUCACAGUGUCUAUCAAAAGCCAAUGGUUGAGCUGAAACGUCUGCAGGACAAGCACAAGGACACAUACCGGCGGAUGCUGGGUCAGCUGCUGCUGGCCGAAAAGUGUCACCGCCGCACCGUCCACGAGCUGGAAAUAGAGAAGCACAAACAUGUUGACUACAUGAAUAAGAGCGAUGACUUCACAAACCUCCUGGAGCAGGAAAGAGAAAGACUGAAGAGAUUGCUUGAGAACGAAAAAGCCUAUCAAACAAGGAAGGAGAAGGAGCACUCGAAGCGUCUGGCCAAAGUGCGAGAGGAGCUGGUGAAGCUAAAGUCAUUUGCAUUGAUGUUGGUCAAUGAACGGCAACAGCACCUUGAGCAAAUGGACCAACAGAGCCAGCGGGUUCAAGAGAUCAGCCUGCAGCUCCAGCAGCGGGACCAUGCCCUUAAUGAAGCCAAAGAGCGUGCUCAGGAGGAUGGUCAAAGAGUGCAAAGCCUAGAGGCUGAGCUAAAGGAGAAAUCUUGUAGGAUCACCCAACAGCAUGAAGAGAUGAGUGCCAAGCUGUCCAGUCAGGAGCUCCACAAUCGUCAGCUUAAUGUCAAAGUUUUGGAGCUUACACACAAAGUGGAGGAGCUAGAGGAAAGCAACAAGACCUUGAGAAAAUCUGACGAGGAAAUGCAAGAGUUAAGGGAGAUCAUCAGCAAAGGGGAGUAUGGCAGCUCUAACUUGAUUGUUGAGUUGGAAAACCUGCGAAAGAGAGUGCAUGAGAUGGAAGGAAAGGAUGAAGAGAUAACAAAAACAGAGAAUAAGUGUAAAGAGCUAAGAAAGAGACUAGAAGAGGAGAAUAGUAAGAGCAAAGACCUAAGGCUGGAAGUAGAGAGGCUUCAAAACAGAAUGAUGGAUUUGGAAAAACUGGAAGAAGCAUUCAGUGUUAGCAAAGCUGAGUGUGCACAGACACAAACUGCUUUAGAAAAAGAGAAAGACCUGACCAAAGAGCUGUCAGAUGAGGUUGUAGCUCUCAAAAUUCGAAUGAAGGAGCUUGAGUCAUCAGAACUCAAAUUGGAAAAGUGUGAGUUAACACUGAAGGAUGACCUGCGGAAGCUUAAGUCCCUGACAGCUGCACUAAUGGACGAACGAAAGACACUGGUGGAAAAAGUAAAGUCAGAGGAAAAGAAAAGAGAGGAUUUGAGCAAGGUUGUUAAACUUGAGCAGGGUAGGGUAAUGGAGGUGACCGAAAAACUGAUAGAAGAGAGCAAAAGGUUUCUAAAAUUAAAAUCUGAGAUGGAAUCCAAAGUUGAAACUUUAACCAAAGAGAAAGGGGAGCUCAGUACUAAGCUAGCUUGUCAAAUUGAUCAAACUGAGGAUCUUACGUUCAAGAUAACCCAAAUGAAAAGGAGGCUAGACAUGUUUGAACAAGAAGAAAAGCUAUCUGCGAGGAAUUCGGUUAUGUGUGAUCUAGGAAAAAUCACUGAUCCUGAAGGGAAAGACAACAACAAAGUUAAAGAGUUAACAUUUGAAAUAGAGAGUUUAAAAAACCGUCUGAAACAACUUGAAGUAGUCGAGGGAGACUUGAUCAAGACAGAGGACCAGUAUGAUAUUUUAGAGAAGAGGUUCAUGACUGAACAGGAAAAAGCAAAUGAUCUUUCCCAACAAGUGGAAGAAAUGAAGAAUCAGAUUGCACGAAACAAAGCUAUUGAAAAAGGGGAAGAAGAAAGCAGAGAGGAAGACCUCCGACAGAGAUGCAAAAGAGAGGAGGUCAAAACCAGAGAACUACAAGCUGAUGUGAUAGCUCUCAAGGAGAAGAUCCAUGAACUGAUGCACAAAGAAGACCAACUAUCUCAGCUGCAAGUGGACUUCUCUGUACUACAACAAAGAUUCUUAGAAGAGGAAGAGAAGGCCAAGAAUGUGGGUAUGGAGGUUUUUCAUCUGACCAAAGAACUAGAGUUAGCUAAACGCCAAAGCCGGGCACUUCGACCCAGCUUAAAUGGAAGGAGAAUAGUGGAUGUGGCGAUCACAUCCACUGCAGUACAAACAGAGCCAUCGCCUACUGAGUCAGGAGAGGAAGAUACACCAGCUGUGUUUAUCAGAAAGUCUGUUCAAGAAGAGAAUCACAUCAUGAAUAACAUCCGACAGAAAUGUCUGAAGAAGCCUGAAAAAGGUAAUGCAGUUGAGCGAUGCUCUUCAUCUAGUGGUGAUUUUAGUAUUAAAAAAUCCUGGAUUCCUUGGAUGAGGAAAAAGGACAACACUCUGCAAGAGACCAACGUGGAAAAGCCUCUCGUUAUCAAUGGGGAAUCAGUUUCUUCUAAAUUGACCAUGCCUCAAAACCAAGGGCAACCUCUACACAUCCGGGUAACACCCGAUCACCACAACAACACGGCCACACUGGAAAUCAGCAGCCCAACCACUGAUCAAAUUUUUCCAAAUGCAGCUCCCCUUAGCCCUAACCCAUCUCAACCAAAGUCCAGAAUUACUAUCAUUCCCACCUACUCUGUGCCAACCACUCGGAGAAAGACUCCUACUGGAUCUCAAGGCCCUGCAAGAGCCAAGUCCCCAGUCACAAUCACAACCAUAUCUAGGGCCAAAUCUCCAGAAGCUAGCCGGAACUCUUCUUCUACCUCAGUAAGGCCCCUUUCCCCAGUUUCGGUUAUGACAGUGAGCACUGCUGUAGCGCCUGAUACAUCUGCCUCCCCAGAGCCCCAGGAGAUGACCAUGGGCCGGGCCGUGUUCAAGGUUACCCCUGAGAAGCAGAUGGUCCCAAUUCCUAUCAGAAAGGGCCACAACAAUGCAAACAUCAUCACCUCUACAGAUGAAAACAAGAUUCAUAUUCAUUUAGGUAACAGUAUCUCCCCAAAGAUGAUAGUCAGACCAGUAGCUAGUGUAGCAGAAAGCAAAGAACUGACCCUGUCAACGGGGACAGUUUUACGUUCACCUCGCCAGAUCACCACAACUGCUACCAGGAAUGUGCAGAGUAAAGUGACAAGCAGCAUUACAAUAUCCAAUGUGACAUCCACAACUUCAAGAUCCAUCCAAAGCACGAUUGGCCAUGAUAUCCAGUCACCUCGCACAGGACUUACCCGUAUACCAAUGUCCAAGAGCCUCAAGACAGGAAAAACUGCAUUAGGAUCCACAGGAAUCUCAAGUGGAAUGAAAGUUGAGACUCGGACAGAGAGUCAGUCCAUGAGGGUUGAAGUCAAAAAAUCCGCUGUGAAUAGCAAUACAUCACACAAUGGAGGGAAAUUGUGAAAAUACAAAUUGUCUGGUCUAUGGUGAUAAGUCCCUCCGAUAAAAAUCCCUGAUUUUCCAAACAAAACAGCUGUAAAAACUGCAAAACGGAGCAAAAAGUAUAGUUUUAUAUUUCUUAACUGUUUUUUUACUCAUGUCUCAUCAAUUACUGUCUUUUAGAUGUGAAAUACUUUAUAUGAAAAGAAAUGGUAUAUCUGUGAUUGCUAUGUAACUAAGUUCUUUUGCUUUUACUGGUUGUCACAAAUGUUUUUUUUUAAAUAUAUGUUUUGUACGACCGCAUUAUAGAAAAUAUGCAUUGUUUUUGGUAAAUUAAGUUUUAAGAGUGCUUUGGCUUGUAUUUUUGGGUUCAUAAUUUUCUUGCUGUAAAGAUAUUUUUACAAAAGCAUUUUUAAUAAAUAUUAUGCAAGA